CGAAAAUCAGCUGACGGAUUGAAUGUACACAGACAGAGGAUUGUAUCGUCUCCUUCUACAACCACCAUUAAACAGACAGUACAUCAAGUGCUUGAGGAACAAGGACCUCUCUGUGACCAUGGGCAAUAUCAUCCCCGAUUAUGUUCGAGAAUUCAACUCCAACCCUCAAGGAGCACCUGUCCAUUGCUUUGUGCCCACUUAUGAUCCUAAUUUUGGGUUUGAUGGCAAACGCAAGGAAAUGAAAAUGGUGGCCACUGUGGAGGAAAUGGAUGCAGCCAAGAUUCCACCGCAAAAUCGAGACUUUUGUGCACAUUUGUUGAUUGAAUACAAAAAGUGCAUCCAUCUGAAACCGAGUGUGAUGUGUUCACAUGAUCUUCAUAACUGGGAUCUAUGCCAAUAUGAUCAGAGCACUCGAAGAGUCAUGGAAUACGAACGAGAGUUCCGUCUGAAACAGAGGGAGAUCCGCAUGAACAAAAAAGCCAAUGCUGAAGCUAUGGCUGCUUAAGCAAGACCACUCUCGACGGCUUUGUUAGUGUUCAUAGACUUAUUCACCAAUAAAAACAACUUGUGUGCAAAACA